AUGGCGGACAUCGAAAACAUAGGAGAGCAAAAGGAACUAUCUAUAAAAGAGGAAUACCAAUUAUGGAGAAAGAACUGCAGAUAUAUGUAUGAGUUUGUCACCGAGACUGCAUUAACGUGGCCCUCCCUAACCAUACAAUGGCUCCCAAACACCUCCACCGAGAAUGGCAUUAUCAACACUAGGCUCCUCCUUGGAACACAUACAUCGGGGAAUGAUCAAAAUUACUUGAAAGUUGCCGAAACACAUCUUUCGGAGAGCGGCGAGCAAAAAGCCAAUUCAAGAAUCAAGAUUGUACAAAAGUUUACAAACAACCAGGAGAUAUGUAGGGCUAGAUAUAUGCCACAAGAUCCGAAUAUAGUGGGCACGAUCAACGGAUCCGGGGAGGUCGAUUUGUACAAUUUAGGUAGUGAUGAAACCGGGAGCUUUUCACAUUUCAGUCCUCAUUCUGAUAACGGGUACGGCCUUUCAUGGAAUCCUAUUAAUCAAGGAUUGUUGUUGACAGCUGCAGACGACAAACAAGUUUGUGUCAGCGAUACCAACAAAGCCAAUGUGUUGAUAUUCAAGAACGGAGAUCUGAGCGAUAUUGUAAAUGACGCCAAAUGGCACCACUUUAAUGGCAAUUUGUUUGCGUCGGUCUCAGAGGAUCAAUACACUUACAUCUACGACACCAGAGCAAACGCAAUUGCGUCCAAGUACUAUUCAAAGGACUCCUCCGGUAUCAACUCUUUGACUUUUUCCCCAUUUUCCCAAAAUUUGCUCGCGAUAGGGAACACAAACUCCAGUAUAAACUUGUUGGAUUUGAGAAAAUUAAACAGCAAAGGCACCUCCGGCUUAUUGCAUACUUUGAUGGGACACACCGAGGGCAUAACAUGUAUGGAAUUUUCGCCUCACAAUGACGGGAUCUUAGCCACUGGUGGACUGGACAGGAGGUUAAUAUUGUGGGAUUUGUUCAAAAUUGGAGAGGAACAACAGCAAGAGGAUGCUGAGGACGGAUGCCCAGAGUUGUUUAUGAUUCAUGCUGGGCACACUGCGGGAGUCACCGAUUUGAGUUGGUGUCCAUUCAAAGAGUGGACUAUCGGGUCUGUUGCUGAUGACAACAUUGUCCACUUAUGGGAAGUGAAUAAAGGCUUGUUGGUCAAUGAAGACGCAACUGAGACCAUUCCUGACAAGCUAAUUGAGUAG